AUGGAAAAGUAUUUCGAGGGCACGUCGAUGGUGUCGUCCGUGAGCGGGCGCAUCAUGUCGGACCCAAAGGCAGUGUUCACUGCAAUCGGCGCCAUAACUGCAGUGUACUUUGUCACAACAUGUCUCUACAACCUCUUCCUCAGCCCCCUGAGGCAUCUUCCAGGGCCGUGGUUCGCGGCAGCAUCUCCACUCCCCUUCGUCUGGGCUAUGGUCCGCGGCGGAUGGAACACAUACCUGGUGGACCUGCACCGGCAAUACGGCCCCGUGGUGCGUUUUGGCCCGGAUCACAUCAGCUACGCCGACUCGCAAGCGCAACGUGACGUGCACACGCCUGCAGGCCUCCGCCACGCAUUCGACAAGCACCCGGCUCUCUAUCAGGCCGUCACGAGCAACGAACAGUCCAUCUUCACCUCCAAUGGCAACCAGCACGAGCGACACCGCCGCAUCCUGCUCCGCGCGUUUACGGACGGAACCUUGCAGCUCUUAACUCCCAUGAUCAAGUUGUACAUCGACAUGCUCAUGGACCGUCUGGAUGAACACGCGGCAGCUCAGACCCCAGCCAACAUGCAAGAUCUGCUGCUAUUCGUCACGGUCGACACAGCCAACGAUUUCCUAUUUGGCGAGCCUUUCAACAUGACACGAGACGGCAAGGCCCACGGCUUCGUAGCAGGUGUGCUUAACCUCACCGAGAUCGGGCAGGUGGUCGCGGGCCUGCAGCAGUUACGCUGCUUCCGCUUCCUUUGGGACAACAUCAUCCAGUACCUGAUCCAGCCCGUCUUGCAAAAGCACCAGGGCGUGACCAACGAGCGUGUCGCCCGCCGGCUCACAAAAGGCGUGGACGCCCGCGACGACAUGAUCAAGUACAGCAGGCAGGGCAAGGAGACGCUGAACGACCAGGAGCUCUUCCUCAACGCAAGCCACCUGUGGCUGGCCGCCAGCGAGACGAGCACCACGAGCUUGGUAGCGCUGGUCUUCUUCCUUCUACAGCACCCGGAUGCAUACAAGCGCCUGGUCGAUGAGGUGCGCUCCGCGUAUGCCACCGAGGCAGACAUAGCAGACACCUCGCGCCUGCCGCAGCUGAAGUGGGUCGACGCCUGCAUCAAGGAGGCACAGAGGCUGCACAGCCCGCUGCCCACGCCGCUGCCGCGGCUGAUUCCCAAGGGGGGCGCCACCAUCUGCGGCGGGUUCGUCCCCGAGGGGAGCUGCGUCGUCGUGCCCACCUGUGCUGCGUCGCAGUCUGCCGAGAACUUCCACGACCCCCACGCCUUCCGGCUCGAGCGCUGGCUGGACGAGGACGCUGACUUUGCCGAGGACAAGCAGGCGGCGUUUCAGCCGUUCCUUCUUGGGCCUAAGAGCUGUAUCGGGAAGCCUAUGGCUUUGCUUCAGACGCGAUGGAUCGCAGCCUCCAUUUUCUGGAAGUACGACUUGGAACUGUUGGAAGAGAGCAAGCAAUGGAUUGACCAGAAGGUUUUCGUUCUUUGGGAGCAAAAACCAUUAGAAGUGAACCUCAAACCUCGAAAGGUGUAA